AACCAAGUUUAACACUGUGACUGUGAGCACCAAAUUUCUCUUUUCUUUUUUUUUUCUUCUUUAAUUUCGAAAAAAAAUUUCGCCGAAAGAAAAGAAAAAGUCUUCACUUUUUUUUGUUGCUCCUCGGUGGGUUCAUUACACACUACACACAUCUCUGAACCUUGCUUUUACUCUGUUCUGUCUGAAUAGCAAAACCUCGACCUUUUUUUUUCUCUCUUCUCUUUUUGUCUGUGAUCUGAAUCUUCUCCGAGUAAAUCUGGAAGGCCGCAAGCUCUAACUAGAGGUUUUUAAAGGUUUCGAGCUCUCUCUCUCUCUCUCUCUCUCUGGUGUGAUGAUGAUGCUUCCGAGAUGGUUUGCAGAAGCAAUCUUGCUUCUAAUCUCAGCUCUUGCUUUUACAAACAACGCUGCAUUCAUCGGAGUAAACAUAGGAACAGAUCUAACCAACAUGCCACCCCCUUCAGACAUCGUCACACUCCUCAAAUCCCGCCAAAUCACACACAUCCGUCUCUACGACGCCAACAGCCACAUGCUCAAAGCCUUCGCCAACACCACCAUCCAAGUCAUGGUCGGCGUGACCAACCAAGAGAUCCUCAGAAUCGGACGCUUCCCUUCGGCCGCAGCCUCCUGGGUCAACAAAAACGUCGCCGCCUACGUCCCUUCCACCAACAUCACAGCCAUCUCCGUCGGCAGCGAGGUCCUCUCCCAAUCUCCCCACCUCGCUCCCAUCCUCGCAUCCGCUCUCAACAACAUCCACAAGGCCUUGGUCGCCACCAACCUCAACUUCCAAGUCAAAGUCUCAACCCCUAUGUCCAUGGACGUGAUGCCUAAACCUUUCCCUCCUUCCACCUCCACCUUCAGCCCUUCCUGGAACACCACGGUCUACCAGCUCCUCCAGUUCCUCGACAACACCGGCUCCUUCUUCAUGCUCAACGCUUACCCUUACUACGGCUACACGACCGCCAACGGUAUCUUCCCGCUCGAUUACGCACUGUUCAAGCAGCUCAACCCGGUUAAACAGAUCGUCGACCCAAACACGCUACUCCAUUACGACAGCAUGUUCGACGCCAUGGUCGACGCUGCUUACUACUCCAUGGAGGCUCUCAACUUCUCGAACAUCCCCGUCGUCGUCACCGAAACCGGCUGGCCUUCUUCCGGUGGAAGCGACGAAACGGCCGCCACCGUUGGUAACGCGGAGACGUUCAAUAACAACUUGAUCAAGCGCGUGUUGAACAACUCCGGCCCGCCUAGCCAGCCGGGGAUACCUAUCAACACGUACAUCUACGAGCUUUUCAACGAGGACAAAAGGUCCGGACCAGAGUCGGAGAAGAACUGGGGGAUGUUUCAUCCCAACGGGACUUCUGUCUAUCCUCUCGGCUUAAGCGGUGGCGGCGGCGGCGGCAACUCAGCUGAUUUGAACGGGACGACGUUGUUCUGCGUGGCGAAAGCUGAUGCUGAUGAUGAUAAGUUGGAGGACGGUUUGAACUGGGCUUGUGGACAGGGCCGAGCUAACUGCGCUGCGCUUCAGCCGGGACAGCCUUGUUAUCUACCGAACGAUAUCAAGAGCCAUGCUUCUUUUGCUUAUAAUGAUUAUUACCAGAAGAUGAAGAGUGCUGGUGGGACUUGUGACUUUGAUGGUACUGCCAUCACUACCCCUAGAGAUCCUAGCUAUAGAACAUGUGCUUAUACGGGAAGCUUAAACGCAAACGGAACGGGAGGAAACUUUCCUCCUGCGUUAGGACCCGCAAGUCAAGUGGGAGGGAACGCAAACGCACUUAUCGUUUCUAUCUGCCAUCUUCCCUUCUUGGCAACGUUAGCUCUCACGCUACUACUAGUACUGUAACUUUCAGUGUUGUAGUAACCGGAGAAGUGUAUGUACCGUCGGGUCUGGUUAUAUCCGGUUAUCGGUAUUAUUUGUUUUAGUACUUUGGUUGUAGAAGUGUUUCAAGUGUAGCUAGAGAGAGAGGAGAUUACAUGUUCUCAUUCUUUGUUUUCAUCUUUGAACUGAAAAUCUUUUGAAUUAGAGUGAUUUAAAAUUUAAUUAUCAAGUGAA